AUGGCGAUUGAACAGCUUUUUACAAAAGGAGAUACGGAGUUGAAAGAAAAGGAUUAUUUAAGUGCAAUUGCGACUUAUACGGCAGCCUUGAAAGAACACCCAAAAUCGAUUCAAGCACUUUUAAAACGGUCAACUGCAUAUCAGAAAUUGAACAACUACGAAAAUGCAAAGAAGGAUGUCUCUGAUGCAUUCGUUAUUGCGGAACAGAAGGGCAAGCGGGCAGAGCUAGGAGCAUGUUACUUUAGAUUGGGUCUAAUUUAUUAUGCGGAAAAGAAUUACAAAGUUGCAUUGAAAAAUUUCGAAAAAUCGGCGGAAUUUGACUGUCCCGAAGCAACAGUUGAGUCAUGGAGAAAUAAAUGUGAAUAUGAUUUAAAAAAGAACCCCCCAGUCGAAGAUUCGGAGAACGAGGAAGACGAAGCUAUAUUGAAUAUCGAAUCGGGUAAGAACGAGGCUAAAGAUAUACAUGGAAAACCAUCUACAAAUAUCGAUGUGAUCAAUAACCAAGCUCCGUUAAAAGUCAAAAUUAGGGACGACUGGUACCAAACAAAUGAUUCGGUUAUCAUAACUAUAUAUGCCAAAAAUAUCAAAGAACCUGAGUUACAUGUCCAGUUUAAGCCAAAUCUGGUAAAUGUAUCGUUCCCAAGUUCCGCUACGUCGGAAUAUAACUACAACCUUGAACCAUUAUUUGCCGAAAUCGACCCACAACAUUCUACUUCUCGGAUCUAUUCUACUAAAUUAGAAAUCACGUUAAAAAAGAAAGAGCUCUGCAAGUGGUCCAGUUUGGAGGCAUCGGAAAAUAUUGCAGCAACUACAGUCUCGGAGCCUACGGACAAGAAUGAUACUACUAAGAAUACGGGGUUGGCAUACCCAUCUUCUUCAAAAAAAUCUAUCAAUUGGUCCGCAUUCAAAAUUAACGACGACGACGACAACGAAAAAUCAGAAAACGAGUUUUUUGCUCAAUUAUACAAAGAUACAGAUGAUGAUACUAGAAGAGCAAUGAUGAAAUCUUACGUCGAAUCAAACGGUACAGUUUUGACCACAAAUUGGGAGGAAGCGCAAAAUAAAAAAUAUGAAACCAGUCCACCUGAAGGAAUGGUCGAAAAGAAGUGGAAUCACAAAGAUUAA